CUGGACCAAAGCCUGAAUCUGAAACGCUCGACGCUUCAGAAGAAGAAACAGACCCAAUCCAUUAUCGUGCGAAGCGCUCCGCGGCGGGAGAGCUCGCGGCGAGCGCCACCCAUGCUGCGCGUCGUCGUCUCCACCCUCCCCGCCCUCCGCCCGCUCCUCCGGCGCCGGCCUCUGCUAAACCCUAAACCCCUCAUCCGCUCCCGCCUGCCGCAGCGGACGUUCCGCGCGCUCUCGUCCUCCGCGCCUCCCGCCACCCCCACGCCCAGCGCCGCGGGGGUGGGAGAGGCGGUUGAAGUGGAGGAGCACCUGACGCGGUGCGCGGCGGCGGGCAGGGCGCCGCUGCGGGUGGCGGUGCUGGUGAGCGGUGGGGUGGACAGCAGCGUCGCGCUCCGCCUCCUCCACGCCGCCGGCCACCGCUGCACCGCGUUCUACCUUAAGAUUUGGUUCCAGGAAGAUUUCAGGAACUUUUGGUCCGAGUGCCCGUGGGACGAGGAUUUAAAGUAUGCACAAGCUGUUUGUGACAAGAUUGAUGUACCAUUGGAGGUGGUCCAUCUGUCCGAUGAGUAUUGGAACCAUGUGGUAUCUCACAUCAUCAAUGAGUAUCGCUGCGGCCGCACACCAAAUCCUGAUGUUCUUUGCAAUACAAGAAUAAAGUUUGGGGCUUUCUUAGAAGCUAUUGAAAAUCUGGGAUUUGACUACAUAGCUUCAGGACAUUAUGCACAUGUAGUCCAUCCUUCUGUUGAAAAUACUGACGUGCCGUCGCUACUACAAUUAUCAAAGGAUAAGAUCAAAGAUCAGACCUAUUUUCUCUCUCAUCUAUCUCAGUCUCAGCUAAGAAGGCUUCUUUUCCCACUAGGAUGUAUCAAAAAGGAUGAGGUGCGCAGACUGGCUGCUCAAAUGGGCCUUCCUAAUCAAGGUAGAAAGGACUCACAAGGGAUAUGCUUUCUUGGAAAGGUUAAGUUUAGUGAGUUUGUUGAAAGACAUAUAGGCGAGAUGGAGGGAAUCAUAUUGGAAGCUGAAUCUGGAGAUUACCUAGGAAACCACCGGGGGUUUUGGUUCUAUACAAUUGGUCAACGGCAAGGAUUGCGGCUUGCUGGAGGACCUUGGUAUGUAGUUGAGAAAGAUGUUCAAAACAAUGUGGUUUUCGUAUCGAGGAAUUACUAUUCGCUGGAUAAGCGGAGGUGCACAUUUCGUGUUGGAUCACUAAACUGGUUUGAUGAUUCUGGUCCUGGAAACAGUGAGCGACUUAAAUGCAAGGUGCGGCAUAGCCCUGAAUUCCAUGAUUGCACGGUGACAAAAGAGCAUACCGAAGAAAAUGGAGAUGUUUUGGUGGUGCACCUCUCUGAAGAUGACCAGGGAUUAGCAGCUGGUCAGUUUGCCGUGUUUUACCGCGAAGAUUUAUGUCUGGGUUCUGGCAUAAUUUUGGAGUCGUGGGAUGAAAUGAGCUUUCCCGUCUGCUCAAGGGCACUUGAAAUCGCUAGAUUGGAGGACAAGUCGAGCCUAGGGAAGCCAGUAAGAAUCAUCAACUUGGAACACAUAGUUAAACCAGAACAAGAGACAAUCAAAGCGGCCUGACGGUUCCCAUCCCAGUCGAUGUGGCCUUUUCCCGACGGCACCAGCGGUCCUGCAAAGCUAUAUACACCGGCAGUUUCGCGAGCCCUGCCAUCUGUAAAAGUGUCAAUUCAGGAAAGAGGAAACCCGGGGUGUUCCAGAAACUAUCGCUGUGGUGCCCCGAAAGCCGGGAACUCCAGGUCUUUAUUGGAAAGAUGACAUUGUGGCAUGCUGUUGGGGAGCUUGCGUUUCAGAAGAGGAAGCUUCGCUUCCGGAUAGAACCGGCGGUCGAGCGUCCUUGUCCAUGCAAGGAUGGAAGGUGAUUGGUUGACCUGACACAAAUCGUUGGCAGUUAUUUCCCGAUCUAGCGUAACUAAUGCAGGGAGAUCGUUACGUUGUACAAUACUGAUACGACUUUGUAACUUGUAUAAAUUCUGAGGAUAACGUCGGCGCGUGAUUCAACUGUACUGGCCAUUAGACAAAUCGUACGUGGAUCGGAGUGGACAAUCAGUAUCGUGUACUUGGCGUCGGUGCGACGUGUACCUGUCAGUA